AUGUCGAACCUCUACCAUAUGACGCGGUCUAUACCGGACAGUACCCCCGAGAAACCCUCCAAUUGUGACUCCGGCCUGGGUGUGAGCGAGAACGCAGCCUCUCUCUCCCUCAGCGGUCCGACCUCCCUGAUGGAGAUGCCAGCCUCGCACACUGGCAGCCUGGGACCGGAGUCCAACACGAAAAAGGUCAUUGUGGUAGGCGCCGGUAUAUCCGGGUUGCGUGCGGCAGCGGUUCUCCAGCGCCAUGGCCUCGAAGUCAUCCUCCUCGAGGGGCGAGAUAGAAUCGGCGGCAGAAUCCACACCUACCGCACGGAGAAGGGCGUUCGUGACAUUGGCGCCGCUUGGCUCCACGAAACCUCUCAGAACAGCCUUGUCAAACUCAUCUCCAAAUUGAAAAUAGACUACUACUAUGAUGACGGCCUUCCUCUGUACUUCACAGAAGAAGGACGAGCUGGCUCCCAAUUCAAAGCCAAGAAGGUGGCGGACGAAUUUGCCGAUCAUUGUGAAUGGUUUUAUGAGACAAAUCCGAAUGCGCCAGACCGAAGCGUCGCUGAUUUUGUGAACGAAUUUGUACGAAACCAUGAGCUUAUCACCGAUGACGAGCGACUAUGGGCUCCCCAGGCAGCUAAAGAAGUCGAACUGUGGUUGGGAACGGCGACCGAGCUCACGAGUUCGAAGCAUCUCAGCUAUUUCAUCACUGAGAGAAACCUUUACAUGAAGGGUGGCUAUGAUCACGUCGUGAAGUGGACAGCGGAAUCCCUGCUUGAGAGACCAGGAACCAUUCGCUUGGAACAUAUCGUGGACCGCAUCACUUGGAGCGAGGACGGAUCCAGUUCUUGCGUUGUCGACUGCCACGACACAGAAGGACGCACCGCGAGCAUCGAGGCAGACGCUGUGGUCUCUACCCUCCCUCUCGGCGUACUUCGCCAUGACCUGGUCUCGUUUAGCCCACCCCUGCCAGCCGACAUGCAGAAAGGAAUAUCAAGCUUCAGCUACGGGGCUCUUGGCAAGAUCUUCUUUGAGUUCGCCGAUGUCUUCUGGAGCAAGGACAACGACCAGUUCAUGUUCUACCCAUCUCCACCGGCUCUUAACGAAGAACUCUACGGAUCAUCUGCAAGCUCUGACAGCUUGACAGAACCUGAUUCUUGCCUGAAAUACGCAACCGUGACAAUAAAUUUGUGGAUCAUGACGGGUGCGAAUGAAUUAUGUGUCCAGGUUGCCGAGCCUUUGACCCAACGCAUCGAGGCCAUGACAGACAAACGACAGAUUUACAAGUUUUUCGAGCCACUCUUCAAGCUCUUCCGGACAGAACCAUACAAGAAGCUGCCUCCACUUCUGAACGUGGAGACGACAGCGUGGUCCCGCGAUCCAUUCGCAGGAUUCGGCACGUACUCUGCCGAUAAGGUCGGCGAUGAACCCGAGCUGCUGAUGGACGCUCUGGAGAACCACAAGGACUCUCGUCUGCAAUUUGCAGGCGAGCAUUGCACCAUGGUCGCUAAUGGCUGCGUACAUGGCGCUUUCGCUACUGGAGAGACCGCAGCGAAGAAUCUGCUGAACACGUUCGGUAUUGAUUACGAUGGUGGCGACAUCGUGAGUUUGAAGUGA